ACUUCUAUGGGAAGAAAACAAUCCAGGAUCAUUCCAGGGAAAGAAUCCAAGGAUUUUUCCCUAUUUUUGUUCAAUUCAACACCCAGAUUUGGAGGAAAGGAGACAUUUUAAGGAAAACUCUCUUUAAAAAGCGGGAUCACAGCUCCAGGCUCCCAUGGCGGGCCGGAAGCGCGGCGCGGCGAGCGGCGCGGGCGCGGUGCCGUGGCCGGAGGAGCCGGGCGAGCGGGAGCAGGGCCUGUACUCGCUGCACCGCAUGUUCGACAUCGUGGGCGCGCAGCUGACGCACCGCGACGUGCGCGUGCUCUCCUUCCUCUUCGUCGACGUGCUGGACGAGGCCGAGCGCGGCCGCAUCCGCUCCGGCCGCGACUUCCUGCUGGCGCUGGAGCGGCAGGGCCGCUGCGACGAGAGCAACCUGCGGCAGCUGCUGCAGCUGCUGCGCAUCAUCACCCGCCACGACCUGCUGCCCUACGUCAGCCUCAAGCGGCGGCGCCCCGUGUGCCCGGAUCUGGUGGACAAGUACCUGGAGGAGACGUCCAUCCGCUACGUCACGCCCCGCGCGCCCGGGGGGGCCCCGCCCGGCCUCGGCCACCCCCACAAAUCAGUGCCUGCCCCCCACCCGUCCCUGUGCUGCCCCCCGGGGGGGCCCCAGCUGGGCCCGAAGCGCCCGGGCCGGGCCCGGAGCCUCCUCGGGAAUCAACGGAAACGCAGGAAGUCAGCGACCCCCGACCCCAAGGAGAAACAGACCUACAUCCGCCUGCGCGUGCGCGCCGAGUACUGCCAGCACGACUCCGCCCUGCACGGCAACGUCUUCUCCAACAAGCAGGACCCGCUGGAGCGCCAAUUCGAGCGCUUCAACCAGGCCAACACCAUCCUGAAAUCCCGGGAUUUGGGCUCCAUCAUCUGCGACAUCAAAUUCUCGGAGCUCACCUACCUCGACGCCUUCUGGCGGGAUUACAUCAACGGCUCCCUCCUGGAGGCCCUCAAGGGCGUCUUCAUCACGGACUCGCUCAAACAGGCCGUGGGCCACGAGGCCAUCAAGCUGCUGGUCAACGUGGACGAGGAGGAUUACGAGCUGGGCCGCCAGAAACUCCUCAGGAACUUGAUGCUCCACACGGCUCCCUGAGGGAUCCAGCUCCGGUUGUUGUUUUUUUUUGGGAUCCAGCUCCGGUUGUUUUUUUUUUUGUUGUUGUUGUUUUUUUCCCGGGUUUUUCCCGGUUUUUUGUUGGUUUUUUUUUUCCCGGCUCUUUUUUUCCGCGGAGGUUUUGUUGGCGGAGGUGCCCGAGCGGAGCCCGCUGAUGGAUUUGGGGAGGGUUGGAAAUGUGGGAUAUUCCGGGAUUUGGCGCUUUUUGGGGUUCCUGAUGGGUUCUCCUUGUGUUUUCCAUGGGUUUUUCCUCCCGUUUUUGAUUUUGUAUCCAUUAAAAAUGGCGAUGAAAAGGCAAAAAUCCCAUUGGUGCAACACACUGGGAUUUGGGGAUUGGGGGUGUGGAAUAUUCCAGAAUUCCUCACUUUUCCUGUCAAUUCCCCCUUGUGUUUUCCAUGGAUUUUCCCUCCAGUUUUUGAUUUUGUAUCCAUUAAAAAUGGCGAUAAAAAGGCAAAAAUCCCAUUGGUGCAGCCCAGUUGGAAUUGGGGAUUUCAGGUGUGGAAUAUUCCAGAAUUCCUCACUUUUCCUGUCAAUUCCCCCUUGUGUUUUCCAUGGAUUUUCUCUACUUUCUUUUCUUUUCUAUCCAUUAAAAACAGUGAUGAAAAGGCAAAAAUCCCAUUGGUGCAGCCCAGUCGGAAUUGGGGAUUUGAGGUGUGGAAAGCCCUGGAACAAUGGAAUAUUCCAGGUUGGAAAUGUGGGAUAUUCCGGGAUUUGGAGCUUUUUGGGGUUCCUGAUGGGUUCUCCUUGUGUUUUCCAUGGGUUUUCCCUCCAGUUUUUGAUUUUGUAUCCAUUAAAAAUGGCGAUGAAAAGGCAAAAAUCC